AUGUCUGCAGGUUGCAUUGGUCCAAGGUUAACAACUGAAAACUCGUACAUUGUAAACUAUAAGGAAGGAAAGCUGUUUCAGUAUGGGGUGACAAUACAAUUACAAUGUAAAUCUGGAACCACCUUAACCCCAAAGUAUAGCUAUGGAGAAAUAACAUGUGAAAGGAGUGGUAAUUGGUCAAAACAAAUCACGUGCAUACCAGACUGUCCAGAUCCUAGAACAGCUGUACACGCUCCUCAUGCAAUGGUUAGAGGUUUCACAGAUCAAUCUUCAAAAGCCUUUGGUGUAUCAUAUGAAUUUAGGUGUAGAAUUUUCUACACCAUGUCUGGGGAUGGUCGUAUUGAAUGUCUUGCGAAAUCUACAUGGUCUCAAAUUAAUUUUGAGUGCAAAACAUGCAAGUGUCCAUGUCGGAAAGUUGGAAAACCUCGUUAUGAAAAUGUUACUGAUGAAGUUGUUCAGAAGAUUAAAGGUGAAACUGAAAAAGAUUUGGCAGUGCAGAAAAAUUCGACAUCAACAUAUGUUAGAAAAAGAAAAAGUGCAAAGGAUGAUCGCCCAGCUGCAAAGUCGAUUGGUGCGUUCGGUAUUUUUGUCAUCACACUUAUAGUCGCAGCAGUCGUAGCUUCUGACUAUUUCAUUUUAAAAAGACAAAUCAUACAGUUUUUUACAAAUCUAAGAAAUAUUGUUCUUCGAGUUAGGGGAUAAAAAAAAACAUAAGAAAAUCCAUUAUAUUGAAGUGUUGAAGG